AGUUUAUAUUUACCGCUCAUAGCGCUCAACGUCAAUAAGCUAUUUCGAAACUUUGUUCCGAUUUUUAACAGUGUCAGUUUACAAAAUGCAUUAUUUACUCGUCUUUCUAAUGCUUAGUGUUGCGUGCUCUAUGGUUGUAAGUUGCAUACCAAUGCACUGCAAGCAAAAUCAGCCAACGACAGAAUCUAUAGACAGCGCUUUCUUGAUUGCUCUGGAUGAAUCGCUGUCCCGGUGUGGACAAUACAAAAUUGAUAUUCGUGAUCUGACAAUAUCUCAGUUCCAAGAGCACUUUCAAGCGGGUAGACUGACUUCUGCGGAACUGACACAGUGCUAUCUGGAUCGAAUCGAGCGUAUCGAUGUUCACCUGAAAUCAGUCAUCGAAAUUAAUCCGGAAGCAAUUACAUUGGCUAGAAAAGCUGACAGGGAACGAAGUGCAAAUUCGAAUCAAUCUCCCAUGCAUGGCAUUCCGAUUCUGAUUAAGGAUAACAUUGGUACCGCCGAUUGUAUGCAAACAACUGCAGGUGCAGUAGCCUUAGAAAAUAUAAAACCUAAGUACGACGCGGAUGUCGUACGCCGAUUGCGGAAGGCUGGAGCGAUAAUCUUAGGAAAAACCAAUUUGUCAGAAUGGGCGUCGUUCCGAGACACCAGCACACCAAACGGAUGGAGUGGUCGCGGAGGACAAACAGUUUCCGCUUAUGUAAUGAAUGCUGAUCCGUCCGGUUCUAGCACAGGUUCAGCAGUGUCUGUGUCGACAAAUCUGGCAACUGUAUCAUUGGGAACGGAGACCGAUGGUUCGAUUAUUUCGCCGGCCUCGCGGAACGCAGUUGUUGGUCUAAAGACAACGAUUGGCAAAGUUUCAACAAGGGGUGUGAUACCCCUAUCGUUUUCGAGAGAUGUGGUUGGUCCGAUGGCUCGAACUGUACAAGACGCUGCUAUUUUAUUGGGUGCCAUUUCCGAUAUUGAUUUACACGGAUGUGAUGUGGAUGUUAGUGCUUGUCUCCCGGAAAAGAAUUUGACGAUUGGGGUUUUGCGAGAAAUGUUUUGGAUCUCAUGGGAUACAAUCGGAACUUUGUCUCAACUUGACAAUUGUUUGAAUAACAUAAAUAAAGUCAAACUGGUGCAAGUUAUAGAUCCGGCUUUGAGUCCUAAGCCAAUUCCAGCAAUCAAAGAAGAAGUCGUCGUCAUCUUUGGCCACGAGUUUAAAUUUUCGAUAAACAACUACUUACGCGAUGACGUUGAUCAUUUCGAAUCCGAACUGGGCAGAAAUAUAUCAAGCCUGGCUGACAUCAUUCAGUACAACGAAAUCAAUCCACCAAACGAAGGUUACAGACAGCGUCUACUCAAAUUGGCCGAGUUUACAGACGGUCUGGAAAGUGUAACGUACAUCAAUGCGAAGAACCAAAGCCGCGAACAAUCGAUUUCGUUCUUAGAUUCCAUUUUCGAAAAGUACGAAGUGGAUGUUUUGGCUUCUCCGUGCCAUCUGUUGUAUUCGUAUGGAGCGUUUGCGGGAUAUCCAUCAAUUUCGGUGCCCGUAGGAGUCGAUAGUACAAAUACAGGUUUGCCGUUCGGAUUGUGUCUAUUGGGUAAACUUAAUUCGGAACCUGAGCUACUCAAGUUGGGACACAUCAUUGAAUUGUCUAGAUCGAGUGAACGACCAGUUCCACGUUUUAUCAGAGAUAAAGAAUGAUAUCCUUUUUGAUCAAUUUUAAAGGCCCGUACACACUUACACCGAUAGUACUUUUUCAAACCAGAUUUUUUAGUGGAAACCCAUGUUUUAACCGGACAUACCUAAGCCAUAAAUGUUCGAAUAUAUUUGUAUUUUAAUUAUUAAACAUUGUGAUGCUGCAUCAAAACCCUAUUACAAAGAAUAGUUUAAUUAAUUGAUGUGAAUACGAAUGACGAAAUAGAGCAAAUAAAU